GUAGUCAAUGAAAUGUUAAGAAUUCUGUGAAAAUAACUGUACGCUUUGUUUUCGUAAAAAACAUCAACUAAAACUCGUCGAUUUGUAUUCCAAGCAUUCCAGUUGUACGUUCAAACUGGUCUGACGACAUUGAGCUGACAUGGUCUUUGGGAUAAGGAGGACAAAUGCAUGUUUCUGAAAAGGAGUAGUGGUGACGAUGACAUGACUGCAUGCAAAACGGCGGAGUGUUUCGGUGUAGGUGGAGUGUCUGUUUAUGCUAGUGAUGGACAUAAGUGGGUAUUUGUGAGUGUGUGUGUGUGUGUGUGCGGGCGCUCGCACGCGCGCUCGCGUGAAGAACACCCAUCCCCCCUUCCCUCAAAGUGCUCAGGAACUCAAAAUAGCACAACCCAACAGUUUCAGUGCCGCUGCCUUACUCUGACGAGGGAGGUCAGACGAGACGCGAGGCAACAACAUGCGCUCGAGGAUGAUGAAGCGGCUCCGUUCCUUUGCGCGCGGUUCUGCCUCACCUGGACAGAGGCACUGGAAACUAAGACUUCUGUAAUCUACGCAUACACAUUUUUUUCUGCUAAGUAAUACUUUGUCGCUCUUUGCGAGGUAAUCAUGCACGGAGAUGAGGAAGGGAACGUAAGAGAGUCUCACUUUUGUGCGUCUGGACAUGGACGUAACGCAGUAUUAUAUCUAUUCACCUGACCGGGCUCAUGGAGACUCCAGCGAAAUACUUUUCAUCCGUGCUCGCCUGUAACACCAUCCCGUUCCCACUUGGAGUGAUCAUGUGGAACGUGACCGAACCGGAGGCGACCUUGAACACUAGCAGAGACUUGGUGGUCCGCGCCGUGACAGGUUGCCUGCUCGCCGUGCUCAUCCUCAUGACGCUGCUCGGGAACAUUAUGGUGUGCACUGCCGUACUCAGGUUCCGCCACCUGAGAAGUAAAGUGACCAACAUUUUCAUAGUUUCUCUUGCCGUGUCGGAUUUAUUCGUGGCUAUUCUGGUGAUGCCAUGGAAAGCAGUGGCCGAGGUGGCAGGGUACUGGCCAUUUGGUAGCUUCUGUAACAUUUGGGUAGCUUUUGACAUCAUGUGCUCCACAGCAUCCAUCCUGAACCUCUGUAUUAUCAGCGUUGAUCGCUACUGGGCAAUAUCAAGUCCUUUUCGAUACGAGAGAAAAAUGACCCAAAGAGUGGCCUUUGUGAUGAUUAGUGUGACAUGGACGCUGUCUGUACUCAUAUCAUUCAUUCCGGUCCAACUAAACUGGCACAAAGCCAGUGUCGAAAUGAUCGGCACAAACAAUACCACCAUAGAAGAGCCAGUCGAGGAGAAUUGCGACUCUAGCCUCAACCGAGAAUACGCAAUUUCGUCAUCUCUGAUAAGUUUCUACAUCCCUGUGGCGAUUAUGAUUGUGACAUACACCCGAAUAUAUAGGAUUGCCCAAAUACAGAUAAGGAGGAUAGCUUCUCUGGAACGCGCAGCUGAGCACGCAACAAGCUGCAGACAAAAUAGGCUCGAGUGCCAACACCACAAUACCUUGAAAACGUCAAUUAACAGGGAAACCAAAGUUUUGAAAACUCUCUCUGUGAUUAUGGGUGUUUUCGUCUGUUGCUGGCUACCUUUCUUCAUUCUGAACUGCAUGGUUCCUUUUUGUGACAAACCACCCACCGAUCAGGAAGCUGGACUACCGUGUGUCAGUGAAACGACUUUUGACGUGUUUGUGUGGUUUGGCUGGACCAAUUCGACUUUAAACCCCAUCAUCUACGCGUUCAACGCAGAGUUUCGGAAAGCCUUUGCAACCCUGCUUGGCUGUCGUAACUUUUGCUCCACUACACCGGUUGAAACAGUGAAUAUAAGUAAUGAACUUGUCUCAUAUAACCAAGACACUUUAUUCCACAAAGAGAUCGUCAAUGCGUACGUGAACAUCAUCCCAAAUGUCGUGGACUGUAUUGAGAACGAAGACACCUUUGACCGGAUCUCACAGUUUUCUCAUAAUAACGAAAUAGCAAGCGAUUCGGUUUGUGAUUUAGACGACUGCGAGGCAGAUAUUUGUCUAGACAGGUUAACACCGUUCACUCCAAAUGGUUUACACUGAGGGGUCCUUGGCAUUACCAGAUGUGUUCAAAUGUUUUGUUCUGGUAAUAUAUAUUUUGAUAUGUGAUGUUGGUGUUUAUGCUUAAAGUGACGUCGUAUGUGAAGUGGACACCUGAGACAUAUGUGUUGCUAUUCGUAUUUGAAGGUUAAAAUUCAUUGUGUUUUAUAUCCGAUUGUGUUUUUAUAUUCGAUCCGAGAUUGUCAGUUCGGCAAAAGUCAGAAUAUCGCAAGUUCAUACAGUCGAACCAACAAUGUGUACAAUUAUUCCAAGAAGACCACUAAUAUGAUGAAAAGCUAAUAUAUCCUGACAUUCAUCGCCAACAAAUCUGCAAAUUGGGAAAGCCUUACGUCACCACCUUUAGACAUUUAGUCAUUGUUACAUUGUAUUUUCAAAGACGCCUUAUUAUCUUUGGGACUGAGUGCAAUAUAUGAUUUUGAAGGUAAAGUGUUGUAUUUUUCGUGAUGUUACACUGAGAAGGUUGCCAAAUAGUCAAGUGCCCACCAAAACUCUCUCUCUCUCUCUCUCUCUCUCUCUCUCUCUCUCUCU